GGAGGGCGGUUAAUAUAUUCCCAGCAUUUUCGACUUUAGGCUGCUCCCAAUGGGGCACAAUAGGCUACAUAUUUGCAUUCUUAACAUCUAAACAGAGGUUCAUGGAGAUAUUCGUACAUGGACACGACACUGGACUGCUAGAUUCUUAUACGAUAAAGAUAGGUUUGUUAGGGGUUCAAUAUUAUACCCAGGUAAUACUACAAUAUCAGGGUUGCUAUCAAGUCAGCAAUACAAAUUGCAAACUGAUCCAAUAAGCCGUAUAAUAAUAGUUCGCCAGGCGUUCGAAUGUAGAAGCUGAUGUAGCACUGUUUUCUACGCGCACACAUUCGCUCGUUUAUGUCAUGAAUUCCAUCCGGUCUGUAAAACGAACUGAACUGCCGGCUUGUUGAUGUUAACUGCUACUUUGUUGAGGGGCAAACCGGUCUCGGCUGCUCUCCCUUUGUUUGGGGCCAGGACUCGUCUGAAUCCACCGGAGUUCCGUUUCAAACAUCUGACUCGACCACUAACACUAUUUCAGGAUGGCUCCACACAAGCACGGUUCGAGUGGAAAUGGAUUGUAUGGCAGCAGCACGGGUAAAGCCGCUAAUGGAGGAGCGCACGUAUCGUCCGGUAUUGUGAUGACUUCAGUGAAGCGACCCAACAUGGAACAGAUCCAAGCCGACCACGAACUCUUCUUGCAGGCGUUCGAGAAACCAACUCAAAUAUACAGAUUUCUUCGGACAAGGAAUCUUAUAGCACCAAUCUUCCUGCACAGAAGUCUUACAUACAUGUCUCACAGAAACUCGAGAACAAGUACAAAAAGAAAUAACUUCAAAUUGAAUGAUCUGCUGUUUAAAGUAGAGAAGUCAAAAGUGGAUCAGGAAUCCCACAAUAUGGCUUCAAACCUGCAGCUGACUUUCACUGGAUUCUUCCAUAAAACUGAGAAGCAAUUGCAAAAUUCAGAGAAUGAAGAAAACUCAGUGUCUGUAGAAGUGCUACUUGUCAAAGUCUGCCACAAGAAGAGAAAGGAUGUGAGUUGCCCAGUGAAGCAAGUUCCUACAGGUAAAAAGCAGGUGCCUCUGAAUCCAGACAGCAGUCAGACCAAGCUGGGAACUUUUCCCACACUGGUAGUGCCCAGCCAUGAGUUUGAACCCAGUAACAGCCACAUGGUGAAGUCCUACUCCCUUCUGUUCAGAGUGUCUCGUCCAGGGGGAGGAGAGCUCAAUGGUGUGACCAACAAAGAAACCAAUGUUAUUGAAGAGUUGUCCAGCAGAAAGAAGAGAUAUGCUUCUCAUCCGGAUGAUGGAGAAACUACAUUUGUGGCACAGAUGACAGUUUUUGAUAAAAACAGACGUCUUCAGCUUUUGGAUGGUGAGUAUGAAGUCUCUAUGCAGGAGAUGGAGGAGAGUCCUGUAGGCAAGAAAAGGGCAACAUGGGAAACCAUUCUAGAUGGGAAGUGGCUACCACCCUUCAAAACCUUUUCUCAGGGACCCACAUUGCAGUUCACAUUACGAUGGACCAAUGACACAGCAGACCUAGGAACGGCACCAGUAGCCAAACCACUUGCCACACGCAACUCUGAAUCCAGCACAGUGGACAGCAGCAAGCCAAGCAAUGUUAAGCCUCCACAUGCAGUAGCUGUUAAUGAUUUAGUUGGCGCUGAUCAGCCAGUAAGAAGAGAACACAGUCAUGUUGAACCUCGUCAGAAACUAUGUGUCUAUUAUCAGUUCCUGUACAACAAAAACACACGGCAACAGACAGAGGCCAGAGAUGACCUGCACUGUCCCUGGUGCACGCUGAACUGCAGUAAGCUCUACAGCCUCCUCAAGCACCUCAAACUCUCGCACAGCCGCUUCAUCUUCAACUACGUGCCACACCCUAAAGGAGCCAGGAUAGAUGUGUCGAUUAAUGAAUGCUAUGAUGGCUCUUACGUGGGGAACCCUCAGGAUAUCCACUGCCAGCCUGGCUUUGCCUUCAGCCGUAACGGACCAGUGAAGAGGACUGCAGUCACACAUUACCUUGUCUGCAGGCCCAAGCGCACAGAGCCCAACCUCUCUGAGUUCCUGGAGUCAGAGGAUGGAGAACAGGAGCAGCAGCGGACUUACAUCAGCGGCCACAUCCGCCUUUACUUCCACAGUGACAGCUGUAUGCCGCUCAGACCACAGGAAAUGGAAGUGGACAGUGAGGACGAGAGGGACCCAGAGUGGCUCAAGGAGAAAACCGCUAUGCAAAUCGAGGAGUUCAUGGAUGUCAAUGAGGGAGAGAAAGAGGUGAUGAAACUGUGGAACCUGCAUGUAAUGAAACAUGGAUUCAUAGCUGACAACCAAAUGAAUCACGCUUGCAUGUUGUUUGUGGAGCAGCACGGUCCCUCCAUCAUCGACAAGAAUCUGUGCCGAAAUGUUCUGCUCCAUCUGGUUAGCAUGCACGAUUUUGGCUUAGUGACUACUGUGACCAUAGAUAAGGCCAUGGUUUACCUGAGAGAUUUGAAACUGCAAAAUGAUGGCCUGGAGCAACCCAAACUUCAAGAUGGUGCCUGCAGUGAUCCUGCCACUGAUAGUGGUUCCAACGGGGAUGGGGAAGUCAGUGUAUCGAUCACUGAAACAUCCCACCUGUGAUUGAUCCAUCUCAGACUCUGCAUUGAUUCUGAUGUUGGUGGGCAUCAGACGCAAUCACAUUCUGCACAGGCACUGAGUUAAAAGUGAAAAGAGUUAGGAAAGGGUUGUGUGGUUUAAUGAGAACCAUGAUCAUAAUCAGCAGAUUGUGAUUUUGGCCUGAUGUCAUCAGAGUUGCAAAAAGCAAUUACUUGAAUAUGCCAUUAGUCUGCAUUAGCUGGUAAUUUCUAAAAUCCUCCUUUUGUUUUUGUUUCUGUACCCACACAACCUUGUAACUCUAGCAAUUUUUUAGCACUUGCUUUAGGUGCUUGAUUUUAAGAGAACUAUGAAAAGAUUUUUUUAAUAUAUUUUGAAUAUAUUGAGGAUUGAAAUGGCUCCCACAAGCUUGCUUUUAUUGUAUUUUUCUGAAAACUUGAACCUUUUAGUUUUGCCUGUGUAAUUUUUAUUUUUUGUUUUUUUUUGUGGGUAGUUUUUCAGAAUUAAUUUGACACUGUGGCUUGUGCCACCCCUAGAUAUUGUUUUUUUUUCCUCUGCAAUUCUUAUGGACCAAAGUUUUGUUGGUCUGCACUUGGUGGCUAAAGUGAAAUUAACCACAUCAAUUUAGCACCACACUAGAAUGCUUCACAUGACUGUAUCUUCGGAAACUCGGAUCGAGGAAUGACUUGUCAGGAUCAUGGGUGCUGCAAUCUACAUUGACACUGCAUUUUUUAUCAAGUUUGUCAGAGCCUUAGCAAUUCCACUGACCUUGCACCACAUAUACAUACAGGUACAGGGUACUAAAAACAAAGCAGGGUGCGAUGCCUUGUAUAAAUGUUUACACUUGCCUUACUCAUGGAAACAUGGACUUAAAAAAGCAGGGUUUGAACUUCUGUGUACUAGGAUUCAUAGCUUGUGCAGAUUUAGACGAGUUAAGCACAGGUUUCAAUUUCAUUCAUGUAUGUGUAAAUUCAGUGACACUGUACUGCUCCCCACACUGUAUCUAUCUACACCCAGAUGCAUUUAGUUUAUCACCAUGCAUCUACUCUGCAUAGUUGUUUUCUUUAAAUGUAUCUUUGUUCCAGUUUUCCUUCAUGGUGCCCAUGUUUAAAAAAAAAAAAUAAUGCUUUCAGGCAUUUAUGAGCAAACCUCUUGUAACAUGUACAUAAGUUUAGUAAUAUGAUGUUGAUGUCUGAAAGAAAAUAAUUUUAGACCAAAGUGAAAUCGCUACAAUGUUUCUAGUUUCUUUUGAAGAUUUCAACUCUGUGUAUGUCCUUAUAGUUUUUUUUGUUGUGUUGCUGUAUGCAUAUGUUUUAAAAGGGAGUCUGUUUAUACAUCUUUUAUGGCUUUACUUUGCUAUAACUGUGCACUGGUUAAAGAAUGGAGAUCAUUUUUGGUAUACUGGAGGUCAAUUACUUUAUUUGAAACGGUUGUAUAACUGCAGUUGUAUAACGCUUGUAAUACUUACAUACAAUGUGAAACCAGCAUCCUUUACACAAGAUGUGGUUUACUUAUAUUAAUUGAUGUAAAAAAAAAAAAUCUAUAUCAUGAAUAUGAUCUGAACAUUAUGAAACAAGCUUGA